CGGGACGGCGGCAUCAUGGGGGCCGUGCUGGGGGUCUGCUCGCUGGCCAGCUGGCUGCCGUGCCUGUGCGGCGGCGCCUCGUGCCUGCUGUGCCGCUGCUGCCCCGCCACCAAGAACUCCACCGUGACGCGGCUCCUCUACGCGCUCCUGCUGCUGCUCAGCACCGCCGUGGCCUGCAUCAUGCUGGCGCCGGGCAUGGAGGAGCAGCUCAAGAAGGUGCCUGGAUUUUGUGACGAGGGGCUGCACGCUCGGAUCCCGCACGUGAGCGGCUUUGUCAGCUGCGACGUGUUCGUGGGCUACAGAGCCGUCUAUCGAAUCAGCUUYGCCAUGGCAGUGUUUUUCUUUCUCUUCUCGCUGAUCAUGAUAGAAGUGAAAACAAGUAACGAUCCAAGAGCCUCCGUGCACAACGGGUUCUGGUUCUUCAAAAUAGUUGCCAUUGUGGGUAUCAUGGUUGGAGCUUUUUACAUUCCUGAAGGACCUUUCACAAGAGCCUGGUUUGUUAUUGGUCUUUGUGGAGCCUUCUGCUUCAUUCUUAUCCAGCUGGUGCUUCUGGUGGAUUUUGCUCAUUCCUGGAAUGAAAGCUGGGUUGAGAGAGUGGAGGAGGGAAAUUCCAAAUGUUGGUAUGCAGCUCUCUUGUCCUGUACAAGCUUGUUCUAUGGCUUGUCGCUGGUUUUUGUUGUACUUUUCUAUGUUUUCUACACAAAACCUGAUGGCUGCACUGAGAACAAGUUCUUCAUCAGCAUUAAUAUGAUCCUGUGCAUUGCUGUCUCCAUCGUUUCUAUCCUCCCGAAAGUUCAGGAGCAUCAGCCUCGUUCUGGCCUYCUCCAGUCCUCGGUUAUCACUCUCUACACCAUGUACCUCACCUGGUCGGCCAUGUCCAACGAGCCUGAGCGAAGCUGUAACCCAAGUUUGCUGAAUCUCAUCACGCAGAUGGCUACAACCCCCCUUGUUCCAGCAAAUGCCACUGUCGCUCCUGCCACCGCAGCGCCGCCCAAGUCCUUGCAGUGGUGGGAUGCACAGAGUAUUGUUGGUUUAGUCAUCUUUGUCCUCUGCCUUCUCUAUUCCAGCAUCCGCUCGUCCAGUAACAGCCAGGUGAACAAGCUGACGCUGUCGGGCAGCGACAGUGCCAUCCUGGAGGAGAGCGCGGGCGGCGGCGCGGCCGAGGAGGGCGAUGCGCGCCGCGUCGCCGACAACGAGAAGGAGGGCGUGCAGUACAGCUACGCCUUCUUCCACUUCAUGCUCUUCCUCGCCUCUCUGUACAUCAUGAUGACGCUCACUAACUGGUACAGCCCUGAUGCGGAUUUUAAAACAAUGACAAGUAAGUGGCCGGCCGUGUGGGUGAAGAUAGCGUCCAGCUGGGUUUGUCUCUUCCUCUACCUUUGGACCUUAGUGGCUCCUCUUGUUCUCACUAAUCGGGACUUCAGUUAAACGGCUGCCCCUCUCUGAGCACACAAAAGUGGGGAACUCUUUUGCUAAAAGCCAAAAUGUUCACGUAUUGCUUUAGUUAAGGCAAGUUUUGUCUUGUCUUAUGUUCAUAUUAACGUGCAGGUGGAUAGAAAGCUAAGGAAGCGCACAAUGCUUGAAGCAGAACAAAAUUAUCCAUUAUCUUUGUUAACCUUCAGCUACAGUUACUGUGUUACUGCAUUUUUAAAAUUCACUACUGUGCUGUUGAAGCACAACCCUUUACCCUGAUAGCCCCAACCUUAAUACUGAAAUAACAUUUAGCUAAAUACAAAGUAAUAUAUUUUAAAGAGCAAGUUAUAUUCAGCAUAAUGCACUGGUGUACUAAUGUUUCAGUUACUGGAAUUGUAAGCCAUAUUGUUUAAUUUCUACAUUUCACUGCAAAAAGCUUAUUUAAAUGAGAUUUAUCUCCCUGUCUUAUGGCAAAAAAUGACCUUAUUUCUCAGAAAAAGAACACAACUUUAAGGCUGAAAAACUGUUAACUCUAAUUCAUGUUGUUAAGAACAAACUUGCCCUUUUUAAGGCACAACUUCAGAGGUAACUUCUUUUUUGGUAUGUUUGCCAAAUACUAAGCAGUAAGUGUAUGACUACCUUCCACAACUUYAUGAUUAUGAUGGAAAAAGAGAGCUCCUAAUUUGUUUUCACUUAUCUGCUGUGCUUGUAAUGCAUAUYAAGUGAUUAUUAUUGGCACUAAAGCAUUUGCACUGUAAACUCUUCUGAAUAAAACAGACUAACUAC